ACCUCCGGCCGACAUGCAGCCCGCAGCUAGCGGCCUGAAACUGGCAGGCUGCGGCUCCCGGUCUAGGUGGCAGGUGGCGCGCUGCCUAGUUGCCGCGGAGGAAGAUGAAUGGGCCGGCCCGGGUGCCGUACUUUGACAGCCGAGAGCGGGUGCUGAAGUUGGGAGAGAGUUUUGAGAAGCAUCCGCGUAGCGCCUUCCACACCGUGCGUUAUGACUUUAAACCUGCAUCUAUUGACGCCUCUUGUGAAGGAGAUCUUGAAGUUGGCAAAGGUGAACAGGUGACAAUAACACUGCCAAAUAUAGAGGGCUCAACUCCACCAGUAACUGUUUUCAAAGGCUCAAAGAAACCUUACCUAAAAGAAUGUAUUUUGAUUAUUAAUCAUGACACUGGAGAAUGUCGACUAGAAAAACUCAGCAGCAACAUCACUGUAAAGAAAACAAGAGUAGAAGGAAGCAGUAAAAUUCAGUCUCUACUAGGAAAGCAGCAACAACAACAGAUGAGAAAUGCAGUCAAAACACCCAACAAUGUGAAACACUCUCCACCAAAAGAAAAAAUGUCUCCAGAAUCUCCUAUGGAUGAUAUUGAAAGAGAACUGAAGGCAGAAGCAAGUAUAAUGGACCAGAUGACUAGUUCUGAUAGCUCUUCAGAAUCCCAAAGUUCUUCAUCUUCAAGUAGUGAAGAUGGUUCUAGUGACUCAGAAGAUGAAGGGUGUAAAAACUCUCAUUCUAACUCAGUAAAAUGUGUGCCUGUCCAUCAAACCUCAUCUGCUGAACCAAAACAAUGGAUGCCUGAUACAGAGGCCAUGCAGAACAGAUCUCACAAUGGAAGUGGCCUUCUGAUCAAUACAUUAAGAAAUGAUUUGCAGCUGAGUGAAUCAGGAAGUGACAGCGAUGAAUGAAGAAAUUGUGGGCCUUAACAUGAAUAUUUUUAAAAAUUAGAAUAUCAGAAAAUUUGUUUUGCACUAAGAUUAAAAUUUCUCAAGGCUGGGAAGUGUCUCAACUUUUGAUGAUAAUGGAAAUGUAAUUUGAUUCUGAAUUUUCUACUGAUGUUAUAUGGAAACAACACUGCUUUGAUCUACUUAGUUUAUUUAGUUUCCUGAGUUCAAAUCUGGCCUCAGAUACUUACUAGUUGUGUGACCCUGGGCAAGUCACUUCCGUUUCCUCAUCUAUAAAAUGAGCUGGAGAAGGAAAUGGCAAACCACUCCAGUAUCUUUGUCAAGAAAAGCCCAAAUAGGGUCAUGAAGAGUUGAACAGGACUGAAAUGACUGAACAACAAAGAAUUUUUGUAAUGGACUAGAUUGAUAGUAAAAUACUAUGAUGAUAAUUAUGGUGAUUGUAUUUUUAUGUUUGCCACCUUCUGUUCUUGACAUUUUAGUUGGUAAUAGCUAAAUAACUAUAUAAAUUUAAGGUGACACAAUGUACAUGUAUCAGAGAAAACAAUUUGUUCAUCCCUCUUACAGAUUCAAUGUCAAUUGCUUAUUUGAUUUUUGAAAUGAAAAAUAAAUAGCUAAAUGUCAAAAACCUAAA